GAGACGGUGAGACAAGUUUCAUUAGGAAAAGAGGAAACGAAAGUGAGGGAGAGAUGGCCAAUUGCUUUGGUGAAGUAGUUGACAACUUCAAGCUGAAUGAGAUGCUGAGGUACGUGGGCAAGCCCAAGACGCGUGAAGACCGGGCACGAGAGGCCGUGAGCCUGAUGAACGAGGACAGCAAGAACAUCAAGGCUUCCAAGUACGUGGAAGGCGUCAAGGACUGGUACGGCGAUGGGGUGUCCACGCUGUGCAUCCUGUACAACGCGACCGGCGACACCCUCUACUACGUCGGCGAGCACGACUGGUUUGGCUUCAUCGGGCGCACACCCUACCCCGCCGAGAUCGGCAACGGUCAGUACGCCGCCUUCCUUCACACCCACAACACCGGCGCCGCGUCCGGCUCCGAGGGGGCCGUCGUGUACCGCGGGAAGAACAGAGAUGGCCAGGACCGGGACUACCUGGUUGCCUGGAGCACCCCAUUUGGUCCGUGGUACAGCAACAAGGUGUCACCUUCUCUUCUCCGACAAUGGAGCUUAUUGCGAGAUUGGUGGCGUCAACUACUUCGACGAUCGUUGGGGUCAUGUAUCCGGUAAAAUGGAGAACGGAGGCUACUCUUGCAACGCCAAGUCCGACGGGUGUGAGAUUCAAGCAACAACUGCCACGGGUGGUAGUCCCAUGUUCCACGCCAUAAUCAAAACACCCUUUGCUCCAUGAGCACCUACCUAUGUUAAGUACGUCCGGUUUGUGUUUGCAUCCCCAAUAAUGUGACCCGUCCUACCCGUAUCUUGGAGGGUCCUUGUCUACUUUGCAUGUUUGCUGGAGACUUGUCAUCGUCGACUACGUACUUACGUACGUCUUGUACUGUUGCCAUUUAAUCAAUCCUAUUGUGCUGUUGUUGCCAAUCAA